CGAAGCUAAACUACCGUCAAAAUGCCACCGAAGACUAGUGGAAAGGCCGCCAAGAAGUCGGGCAAGGCUCAGAAGAACAUCACGAAGGGCGACAAGAAGAAGAAGAAGCCACGUCGCAAGGAGAGCUACGCCAUCUACAUCUACAAGGUCCUGAAGCAAGUCCACCCGGACACCGGAAUCUCGUCGAAGGCCAUGAGCAUCAUGAACAGCUUUGUGAACGAUAUUUUCGAACGCAUUGCUGCUGAAGCUUCUCGCCUGGCUCACUACAACAAGCGAUCCACCAUUACUUCUCGCGAGGUUCAGACCUCAGUCCGUCUGUUGUUGCCAGGAGAAUUGGCCAAACAUGCCGUCUCUGAGGGAACCAAGGCUGUCACCAAGUACACUAGCUCCAAGUAAAUAUUUCAGACAAUCUUAUGUAAAACGGCCCUUCUCAGGGCCAACAAAUAAUAAUCGAAGCGGUAUUGAACUUCUCUUGUUGGGAAAACAGAAAUGGAACAUUGUAUUUUUAGUAACAGUAAUAUUUCUAAUAGUAUUUGGUAUGUUCAUGAACCGUAAAUAUGCCUACCAAGUGCGAAUUGUUUGGAAGAUUCUACUAGAAAUUAUGGGUCCUAUUACUGGAGACGAGACGACUCGACUCGACAAGUUGCACGUCGAAGUAUCUCGA